AUGUUUGGUUCCUACAAGGCUGUGCUGUAUGCACUUUGCGCCUCCACGUACGUCACACUCGGACUCGGAACCUUUGAUAUCAACUCAAAGAAUAAUGUGGCCGUCUACUAUGGCCAAGGGUACAACCAGAAACCCUUGAACGUCUACUGUCAAGAUCCCACCAUCGACGUCAUCAUCUUGUCGUUUGUCUACCUAUUCCCGGCACAGGCGAAUGGCUUUCCUGGACUUGACCUGGGAAAUCAGUGUACAGGAGACACCUACCCAGGUCCGGGCUGGGCUGGCGUCAACGACACAUCCAAGAAUGCUCUGCACAAGUGUCCCAACAUUCAGCGCGACCUGAACUACUGUCGCAAGGUCAGCCCAGACAAGAAGUUUCUGCUGUCGCUGGGAGGAGGCACCGAUGGCUAUCAGCUCACGGGGGCAUCCAAUGGUGCCAAAUUUGCGACACAGUUGUUCUAUCUUUUUGGGCCCCGACAGCAGAAUCUCGUCAACAGUGGAUAUCCGCGACCUUUCGACUACAAUAACAUUGGCUUCUCGGUCGACGGCUUCGAUUUGGACAUUGAACACCUUUCCACUGACAAUGCGGCCGGCUACAAGGCCCUGGUCACGCAGCUCAAGCGGCUGUUUGGCACGGUGAACCAGAGAUUUUACCUCUCGGCCUCACCGGCGUGCUAUGUCCCAGACCCCAACAACCAAGACAUGCUCUCGACUGUCGCUUUCGAUAUACUCUUUAUCCAGUUUUACGGCUCGUACGAAUGCUCCGCUGCGCGCUGGGCCAAGGAGAACCCGGCGUACAAGGUCGGAGGUCCCGUCGCCUGGGCUGGCUUCACCUUUGACAAGUGGACAGACUGGCUGUCCAACACACCGAGCAAGAACGCCCGCCUCUUCCUCGGUCUGCCGGGCUCAAAGGCCGCGGCCGACCCAGGAUACGCCAUUUCCGUUGCGAGCGCCUCCAACCUUGCCAACGCGUACUACUGCCGGCCCAACUUUGGUGGCAUUUCCAUUUGGGAGGCAACGACGGCCGACACCUCGAUCAGUAAAGGUAAAACUUAUUAUCAGAAUUUGAAAGGCGCGCUCCAGACGGCUUCAAGCAACGCGGCCCGUUGUUCGACGGACGGUAUGGCCAUGUUCCCAAUUUCAAUGGACAACCGCUGCGGUGUGUCUGGUAAUACCAAUUUUGGCACCGCUUGCCAAAACCAGUGCUGUAGUCAAUAUGGGUACUGCGGGCAGGGCGACGCGUACUGCGGAUUGGGUUCAUGCCAGCCUGGUUAUGGUAGCUGCGACGAGGAUGAUGAGUAA